AUGGACAACUACCUCGGCGACCCGGAUAGCAAACCUGUUCAACGAAAGUCGGUAGAGAGCCAAAACAGCAAAUCCCAGACUCCCAAAGCCUCACCCAACCUUCACAAACAGGACAUUCCCAGAGCCUCGGAUUUCAAUCUACGCGUUGUCCUUGGGAAGGGUAGUUUCGGCAAGGUUGUUCUGGCAGAGCGGAAGGGCACUGACGACGUGUUUGCUAUGAAGAUCCUUAAGAAAGACGUCAUCCUCCAAGACGAUGAUGUGGAGUGCGUAAUGAUGGAGAAACGGGUACUCGCACUGCAAGAGAAGCCUCCCUUUCUUAUCAAGCUGCAUUCCUGUUUUCAAACUAUGGAUCGGCUUUACUUUGUCAUGGAAUACGCAAAUGGCGGUGAUUUGAUGUACCGUAUCCAGCAGGAUGGCCGAUUCAAGGAGCCGGUUGCUGUCUUCUACGGCGCCGAAAUCGCAACAGGUCUCUUCUACCUGCACGCCAAUGGAAUUGUCUACCGGCUCAAGGACCUUCUGCAACGGAAAUUGGAGGGCGAAGAGGAGGUGGCGGCUUCAGUGGGUGUGUCUCUUUCUUCAUUUUGCACCAAGGGAUGGCUCGGUGCCUGCAUCAUUGAAGCUUCGAGCGGAUACGGCAGAACGUACGCCUUGUCCGCAUCUUUCCCCUGUCAGUUCUACCGCCAGGAAGUCAUUAGCACCGCAGUUGAUUGCACAUGGUUGGGAGCCAUAAUGCCGAAUCGCCUGAUUAUCUCUUUCCCUAAUCGCUCAGAUCUGAAAUUGGACAAUGUUCUGCUUGACUCCGACGGUCACGUGAAAAUUGCGGACUUCGGUAUGUGCAAGGACGGGAUUAUCGGGGACCGGCUGACCAACACAUUUUGCGGUACGCCCGACUACAUUGCACCCGAGAUUAUCAGCUAUAAGCCCUAUGGAAAGGCAGUGGACUGGUGGGCGUUUGGCGUACUUCUCUAUGAAUUCCUUGCCGGUCAGCCUCCUUUCGAUGGAGAUGAUGAGGAGGAGCUUUUCCGCAACAUCGCCACUGGUGAGGUCUCCUACCCACGGUCGCUAUCUCGUGAAGCCUGUCUCAUUUGCAAGGCUCUACUGACACGGGAUCCUAACCAACGGCUAGGCAGUGGACUCAACGGUGAGCAGGACAUUUGCGAGCAUCCCUUUUUCCGACACAUUGACUGGCGGAAAAUAGAAAACCGGGAGGUCCAGCCGCCCUUCAAACCGAAAGUCAGCGGUCCUCGGGACAUUUCCAAUUUCGAUUCCGAGUUUACCAAGGAGCCGCCACGGUUGACACCCACUGACAAGCUUUUCAUCAUGAAUCUCGAUCAGACCGAAUUCCCCGGCUUCUCUUUUGUCAACCCCGAGUUUGUGGUCGAGGUGUAG